AUGUCAGAACCACUUACCAAGGUCGACUCCGCCGUCCAGGGCCUGUCUUCUCCCAAGGACACCAAGAGCUCGGCAGCUGCCCGAAGAGCAAGCUCUGCCGCCGCCAGCGGUGUGUAUAACAUCAAGGACCUAGAGGAGCAAAAGAUUGAGAUUGAAAUUGCCAAGGAGACCCAACGGACGGGGUGGAAGGUCAACACCUCACCAACAACAAUCGAGGACAAGGAGAUCCUCAAGAAGCUUCUAACUACACCUCCAAUCAAGAAGAUUGACCUGCACUUCCCCUUGGGCCUUGAGGUCACGGCAAGAAACCUGAAGGGCGUCACAAUCAAGGAUGCCAUGGAUGCCAUCCACAAGGCAUACAAGAAGAGGGCCGACGACGAGUUAGAUCAACCAUACCUGGCUGGUUUUGAGUGGGACAAGGAAGAGUGCUGGACACGAUUCAUUGUGCACCUAUCAAAGGAAAGCGGAGUCCAAGCUAACGCCGGAGGCAAGAAGAAGAAGAAGGCCGCUGCUGAAGAGUCAGAAGCCGUGCCAGGCGCCCUUCCUAUCGCCCAAAACUCUCCACAGAAGCCUCCACACGGACUCUACGCCGAAAAGCUGUCCGGAACAGCCUUCACAGCCCCGCGCAACGAGAACAAGCAGUCGUGGCUGUACCGAAUCCUCCCGUCGUGCGCACACCCACCAUUCAAAGUGAAGGGCGUGACCGGGGCGCAGGACGUCGACCACCAGCCGCCCACGACGCCGGCCCAACAACCCCCGGACGAACACCAGGACGAGACGGCACGCUUCGCGCCGCCGUCGCGGCUCCACUACAUCCCCAACCAGCUCCGAUGGGAUCCGUUCGACCAUGACCCCGAGGCCGACUUCGUCUCGGGCCUGCACCUGGUCGCGGGCGCGGGCGAUCCCACACUCAAGCACGGCAUCGGCAUGUUUGUAUACGCGGCCGGCAGGUCCAUGGACGCCAGCAGCGCCUUCUACUCGGCCGACGGCGAUCUCCUCAUCGUCGCGCAGUCGGGCGUGCUCGACAUCCGCACGGAGCUCGGCUGGCUGCUAGUGCGACCGCUCGAGAUCGCCGUCAUCCCGCGCGGCAUAAGGUUCCAGGUCCUGCUGCCCGAAGGGACGGGGCCGGCGAGGGGCUAUGCGCUGGAGCUGUACCAGGGCCACUUUGCGCUGCCGGAGCUCGGACCCAUCGGGAGCAACGGCCUGGCCAACGCCAGGGACUUUCAGGCGCCCGUCGCUUGCUUCAGCGAGGACUACGGGCCAACGGCCUUCUCAGCGGGUCCCUCGGCGCCAAAGGGCGGAUAUGAGGUGACGGCCAAGUUCAACAACACGCUCUUCGCGACGCGGCAGGCCCACACGCCCUUUGACGUGGUGGCGUGGCACGGAAACUACUACCCGUUCAAGUACGACCUGGGCCGCUUCAACACCAUCGGCACCAUCUCGUACGACCAUCCAGACCCGUCCAUCUUCACGGUGCUGACGGCGCCGUCGGACCACCCGGGCACGGCCGUGGCCGACUUUGUCAUCUUCCCGCCGCGGUGGCUCGUUGGCGAGGACACGUUCCGCCCACCUUGGUACCACCGCAACACGAUGAGCGAGUUCAUGGGCCUCAUCACGGGCGACUACGACGCCAAGAAGGGCGGCAAGGGCGGCUUCGUGCCGGGCGGCGCGAGCCUGCACAACGUCAUGAGCGGGCACGGGCCCGACGCCGCGAGCUACGAGGGCGCCCGGGAGGCCGAGCUGAAGCCCGCAAAGGUCGGGGCGGGAAGCUGUGCCUUUAUGUUUGAGAGCACCUUCAUGGUCGGCGUGACGGACUGGGGGCUGCGGACCUGCCAGAAGGUCCAGGAGGGCUACAGUCAGGAGAGCUGGGGAGGGGUCAAGACGCACUGGAAAAGGCCCGAGGGGGCGAGUGCUGACGGGCACUUGCUGAAGUGA